ACCGGCCGGGCCCGCCCCCUUGGCAAUGUCUUCAGCCCGCUGCUCUCCUAACUUAAGCAUUUAUUCCACUGGGAUAGAAGCGGCAGGAGCAGCGUUGGCACCGGCGAACCAUGGCUGGGAUUUUCUAUUUCGCCCUCUUUUCGUGUCUCUUCGGGAUUUGCGACGCUGUCACCGGUUCCAGGGUUUACCCCGCGAAUGAAGUUACCUUAUUGGAUUCCAGAUCUGUUCAGGGAGAACUUGGGUGGAUAGCAAGCCCUCUGGAAGGAGGGUGGGAGGAAGUGAGUAUCAUGGAUGAAAAAAAUACACCAAUCCGAACCUACCAAGUGUGCAAUGUGAUGGAACCCAGCCAGAAUAACUGGCUACGAACUGAUUGGAUCACCCGAGAAGGGGCUCAGAGGGUGUAUAUUGAGAUUAAGUUCACUUUGAGGGACUGUAAUAGUCUUCCGGGCGUCAUGGGGACUUGCAAGGAGACGUUUAACCUGUACUACUAUGAAUCAGACAACGACAAAGAGCGUUUCAUCAGAGAGAACCAGUUUGUCAAAAUUGACACCAUUGCUGCUGAUGAGAGCUUCACCCAAGUGGACAUUGGUGACAGAAUCAUGAAGCUGAACACCGAGAUCCGGGAUGUAGGGCCAUUAAGCAAAAAGGGGUUUUACCUGGCUUUUCAGGAUGUGGGGGCCUGCAUUGCCCUGGUAUCAGUCCGUGUGUUCUAUAAAAAGUGUCCACUCACAGUUCGCAAUCUGGCUCAGUUUCCUGACACCAUCACAGGGGCUGAUACGUCUUCCCUGGUGGAAGUUCGAGGCUCCUGUGUCAACAACUCAGAAGAGAAGGAUGUGCCAAAAAUGUACUGUGGGGCAGAUGGUGAAUGGCUGGUACCCAUUGGCAACUGCCUAUGCAACGCUGGGCAUGAGGAGCGGAGCGGAGAAUGCCAAGCUUGCAAAAUUGGAUAUUACAAGGCUCUCUCCACGGAUGCCACCUGUGCCAAGUGCCCACCCCACAGCUACUCUGUCUGGGAAGGAGCCACCUCGUGCACCUGUGACCGAGGCUUUUUCAGAGCUGACAACGAUGCUGCCUCUAUGCCCUGCACCCGUCCACCAUCUGCUCCCCUGAACUUGAUUUCAAAUGUCAACGAGACAUCUGUGAACUUGGAAUGGAGUAGCCCGCAGAAUACAGGUGGCCGCCAGGACAUUUCCUAUAAUGUGGUAUGCAAGAAAUGUGGAGCUGGUGACCCCAGCAAGUGCCGACCCUGUGGAAGUGGGGUCCACUACACCCCACAGCAGAAUGGCUUGAAGACCACCAAAGUCUCCAUCACCGACCUCCUAGCUCAUACCAAUUACACCUUUGAAAUCUGGGCUGUGAAUGGAGUGUCUAAAUAUAACCCUAACCCAGACCAAUCAGUUUCUGUCACUGUGACAACCAACCAAGCAGCACCAUCAUCCAUUGCUUUGGUCCAGGCUAAAGAAGUCACAAGAUACAGUGUGGCACUGGCUUGGUUGGAACCAGAUCGGCCCAAUGGGGUAAUCCUGGAAUAUGAAGUCAAGUAUUAUGAGAAGGAUCAGAAUGAGCGAAGCUAUCGUAUAGUUCGGACAGCUGCCAGGAACACAGAUAUCAAAGGCCUGAACCCUCUCACUUCCUACGUUUUCCACGUGCGAGCCAGGACAGCAGCUGGCUAUGGAGACUUCAGUGAGCCCUUGGAGGUCACAACCAACACAGUGCCUUCCCGGAUCAUUGGAGAUGGGGCCAACUCCACAGUCCUUCUGGUCUCUGUCUCAGGCAGUGUGGUGCUGGUGGUAAUUCUCAUUGCAGCUUUUGUCAUCAGCCGGAGACGGAGUAAAUACAGUAAAGCCAAACAAGAAGCGGAUGAAGAGAAACAUUUGAAUCAAGGUGUAAGAACAUAUGUGGACCCCUUUACGUAUGAAGAUCCCAACCAAGCAGUUCGAGAGUUUGCCAAAGAAAUUGACGCAUCCUGCAUUAAGAUUGAAAAAGUUAUAGGAGUUGGUGAAUUUGGUGAGGUAUGCAGUGGGCGUCUCAAAGUGCCUGGCAAGAGAGAGAUCUGUGUGGCUAUCAAGACUCUGAAAGCUGGUUAUACAGACAAACAGAGGAGAGACUUCCUGAGUGAGGCCAGCAUCAUGGGACAGUUUGACCAUCCAAACAUCAUUCACUUGGAAGGCGUGGUCACUAAAUGUAAACCAGUAAUGAUCAUAACAGAGUACAUGGAGAAUGGCUCCUUGGAUGCAUUCCUCAGGAAAAAUGAUGGCAGAUUUACAGUCAUUCAGCUGGUGGGCAUGCUUCGUGGCAUUGGGUCUGGGAUGAAGUAUUUAUCCGAUAUGAGCUAUGUGCAUCGUGAUCUGGCCGCACGGAACAUCCUGGUGAACAGCAACUUGGUCUGCAAAGUGUCUGAUUUUGGCAUGUCCCGAGUGCUUGAGGAUGAUCCGGAAGCAGCUUACACCACCAGGGGUGGCAAGAUUCCUAUCCGGUGGACUGCGCCAGAAGCAAUUGCCUAUCGUAAAUUCACAUCAGCAAGUGAUGUAUGGAGCUAUGGAAUCGUUAUGUGGGAAGUGAUGUCGUACGGGGAGAGGCCCUACUGGGAUAUGUCCAAUCAAGAUGUGAUUAAAGCCAUUGAGGAAGGCUAUCGGUUACCCCCUCCAAUGGACUGCCCCAUUGCACUCCACCAGCUGAUGCUAGACUGCUGGCAGAAGGAGAGGAGCGACAGGCCUAAAUUUGGGCAGAUUGUCAACAUGUUGGACAAACUCAUCCGCAACCCCAACAGCUUGAAGAGGACAGGGACGGAGAGCUCCAGACCUAACACUGCCUUGUUGGAUCCAAGCUCCCCUGAAUUCUCUGCUGUGGUAUCAGUGGGCGAUUGGCUCCAGGCCAUUAAAAUGGACCGGUAUAAGGAUAACUUCACAGCUGCUGGUUAUACCACACUAGAGGCUGUGGUGCACGUGAACCAGGAGUAAGUACUCAACGAUGUAACACGAAAGGGGACCUGGCAAGAAUUGGUAUCACAGCCAUCACACACCAGAAUAAGAUUUUGAGCAGUGUCCAGGCAAUGCGAACCCAAAUGCAGCAGAUGCACGGCAGAAUGGUUCCCGUCUGAGCCAGUACUGAAUAAACUCAAAACUCUUGAAAUUAGUUUACCUCAUCCAUGCACUUUAAUUGAAGAACUGCACUUUUUUACUUCGUCUUUGCCCUCUGAAAUUAAAGAAAUGAAAAAAAAAUAUCUGCAGCGUUGCUUGGUGUACAGAUUGCUGAAACUGUGGAGCUGACAGAAAUGACUGCCGGUCAUUUGAAUUAGACCUGGAACAAACCGUUUCUCAGAAGUACUUUUCUGUUCAUCACCAGUCUGUAAAAUACAUGUACCUAUAGAAAUAGAACACUGCCUCUGAGUUUUGAUGCUGUAUUUGCUGCCGGACACUGAGCUUCUGAGACAUCCCUGAUUCUCUCUCCAUUUGGAAUUACAACCAUUGUAUUUUGUUUGUGGCAUAAAUUACAGUCAUCUCUCUUUCACUGGAAUGAAGACCAUGCCUAGGAACAAUUUUUAAGGACUCAGCUGUGGCUUUUAGGGCUUGGUUCAUACCAUGGGGAAAAAAAAAAUCCUAGGAGAAAGCUAUGUGGCUCAUUAGUGUUGCCUCUUCAGUGCUCAAGCCACCUGGUGGAUUCCUAUGACACAGCGGGGCUGGAAAGAAAGGGAAAGUGGAUUUAAAAUAUAUAUAUACAUAACCCAAGCCCCAUAACCCCUAACUGAACAAAUGAGGUCUGUUUCUUUGGGCCUGAGGCUGUGCCAUAUAAAGUCUCAUUUUGGGACUCUACAAACUUGUCCUAACUAUCUUAUGGAUAGUGGGCUGUGACAAUCUGGAAUAGAGAACGUUCACACUUCGCUCCUUUAAAGAAGCGACCCCAGAUCUGCAAGGGAGUAGAUUCUGCUAUCUCGGCCUCACAGCCCUUCCUGUUGAUUACAAAGCCCGUGGAAGAAAACAGAACACACCCUCCUCAGUUCCGUCUAAAUGUGUUUCUUCUGCUUCAAUUAAUGCCAGUUCUGGGGCAAAGACACUGAUGAAACAACACCCAUACCUGAAAAGAAUAAAUGUGUGACUUUCAAAUUCCCUUUCCCAGUGAAAGAAACAGCAAACACUUAAGAUUCAGCAUCUGUUCUCCAGUUGCACUGAGGAAUGCACUGUCUCGCAGCACCAGCUCUGCAGAGCCCUUGCCCCCGGACUCUUUGCGGUUUUAUUUAUAUGUAUUUCCAUAUUUCAUUCCUGUAUGUCACUGCUGCAUUGGUGUGGCAGCAAGUGACCAAAUGCUACAGGUCUUACUAUGGACACCAGGUCAGGCGCAACCACACAAAACAAAGCCAGUUCCAUGGGCUGCCUAUGAUAUGCAUUGCGGAAGUAACAUUUUACCCAGGGUGUGCCAUUGCAGUGAUAUAAAUAUAUUUUUUUCUUAGACUAAA